GUUAGGAGACGCGCUGUCAGCUGUGGUGGUGGCUGCUACCGUUGAUAGAAGACGUGUUGAUGUAGUAUGGUUAACGAUUUAAGACGCCUGGCCCUUUACAACAAUCAACAUGUGAUAGGACUCAUCGUGCUGUUAACUCCUGCUGAGUCGUUGGCAGCUUCUGCAGUCCUGUGUUUGUGCCACAUUAAUGAAAGGAGGUUGGCUAGCAAGGCUGAGCUUGCUGUCUCUGUUUCAUGGGUUCAGUUGCGAUAAAGGAAAAUAACCAGACUGUCGAAUCUCACAGCAACAGGUGUUGUGAGUGCAGUGCGUCGCUGUCCCACUGGUAUUAUGAAAAAGAUGGACGGCUCUUCUGCAAGAAGGACUACUGGGCCAAAUUCGGGGAGCUGUGCCACGGCUGCAACGACCCAAUCACCACCGGCCUCAUCAUGGUUGCAGGGGAACAGAAAUAUCACCCAGAAUGCUUCACCUGUCUGAACUGUAGGGCGUUCAUCGGUGACGGAGACACGUACGCUUUGGUGGAGAGAUCCAAACUCUACUGCGGUCACUGUUACUACCAGACCAUCGUCACCCCGGUGUCGCUGCCGGACUCUCCAUGCUCGCGAAUCCCUCACACCGUCACACUCGUGUCCAUCCCAGCCUCCGCCGAAGACAACAACGGACGCAGAGGGCGAGGUUUCUCUGUGUGCAUCGACCAGCCACUCAGUCCAACCAAUGGCUACAGCCCUGAGCACGGACACACCGUCAGAGUCUCCCAGGUGGACACAGACUGCAUCAGUCCAGAUGUGAAGAACUCCAUUCAUGUUGGAGACAGGAUCCUUGAAAUCAACGGGACGCCCAUUCACAAUGUCCCUCUUGAUGAGAUCGACCUGCUGAUCCAGGAGACGAGCCGGCUGCUGCAGCUCACCAUCGAACACGACCCUCACAGUCAGGGGCACGAGGCAGGCUCCUCCGAGGGCGAUGAGCAAGUGGACGGCCCCCUGUCCACCCCUCUGUCGGAGGGUCCCAGCCCCAUCCUGCCCAUCACCCAGCCCCCUAACUCCGACAUAAGCACCCUGAGAUCCCGCAUCAUCACGAGGAGUUACAGCAUUGAUAAGUCACCAGGCUCCAGCAAUGCAGCGUCGCCCAUCUCCCAGAGGAAGGACAUCAAUCGAUCAGAGUCGCUCCGUGUCGUGUCCAAUCAGACGCACCGCAUCUUCCGCCCAUCUGACCUCAUCCAUGGAGAGGUGCUGGGGAAAGGCUGCUUUGGACAAGCCAUCAAGGUGACCCACAAGGAGACAGGGGAGGUGAUGGUGAUGAAGGAGUUGAUUCGCUUUGAUGACGAGACACAGAGAACAUUCCUGAAAGAGGUGAAGGUCAUGCGUUGCCUGGAUCAUCCCAACGUGCUCAAGUUCAUUGGAGUUCUCUACAAGGACAAGAGACUCAACUUCAUCGCAGAGUACAUAAAGGGAGGCACCUUGAGGGAAAUCAUCAAGAAAAUGGACAGCAGCUAUCCCUGGAACCAGCGGGUCAGUUUUGCCAAGGACAUAGCUGCUGGGAUGACAUAUCUACAUUCCAUGAACAUAAUCCACCGGGACCUGAACUCACACAACUGUCUAGUCCGAGAGAACAACACAGUGGUGGUGGCGGACUUCGGGCUGUCUCGGCUCAUGGUGGACGACAAGCACGAGGAGAAGUUGUCGCAGGGUAAACUACCCGGCCUGAAGAGGCCCGACCGCAGAAAGAGGUACACCGUGGUGGGAAACCCCUACUGGAUGGCUCCUGAAAUGAUCCACGGGAAAAGCUACGAUGAGAGAGUAGACAUCUUUUCCUUUGGUAUCAUGCUCUGCGAGAUAAUUGGCAGGGUGAAUGCAGACCCAGAUUACCUCCCCAGGGCAAUGGACUUCGGACUGAACGUGUCUGGCUUCCUGGAGCACUACUGUCCCCGAAAUUGUCCCCCCGCCUUCUUCCCCAUGGCUGCUGUGUGCUGUGACCUUGAUGCAGACAAACGGCCUGCUUUCUCCAAACUGGAGGAGUGGCUGGAGAACCUGAAGAUGCACUUGGACAUCGGUCUACCCCUGGUGUCUGAAGUGGACCAGCUGCACAAGGCCUUCUGGGAGAACCAUGGCAUCACUCGCCUUGAAAACGGCCUGCACACUCACCCUGAACAGCCGGAGUAGGGCCAAACACGACUGGAGGGGGUGGGAAAUUAGAGUUAACCCCACAAGGGCAGCGAUGGCCUGCCUCGGGCGUUCAGUGGCUGGAGGAGUCACUUAAAAACUCCUCCAUGUUUAAAGCAGAUGCUGCUGUGUAGGCCGGCUCAGGCUUAACGAGUAGACUCAGGGGGAAAACGUGGAUCUGAAAAGCCACCUGUGCGAGAUGCACAACCACACACACAUUCAUAAUCAAAUCAAGAGACAUUAGCUAUGAUAGCUUGAUUCUGCUGCGCCAGAAGCUAAAGUGGAACAUGUCAUAUGCAAUCAGACCCAGCUUUCAAAUCAUGACUCGACUCUUGAAUCAUAGAUUUAACAUUAGUGAUCAUUCCCUUCAAGAAUACUUACUGUACUUACUGUAGUGUGUAUAUUCAUGUGGAUAAAGUAGUCCAAAAAAAACAAAGCAUGAGGCAAAAACCUUCAGCCUCCUCACUUUGGGCCUCUACAGAGUACAUUGUGCGGUACUGUGUUUCUGUGUGAGUUUGGUUUAAUUUUUUGCUUUUGGUUUGGAUAUCAAAACUGAACCAGUAAAAAAUGCAAAGGAGAUGAGCGCGUCUGUAGAACACAAAGGAUUAGCUAAACUUGCUGUCCACUUGUACAAGUCAAACAAAACCUUUCAAGCUUUAAAAUAGCUCACUGAAGAGUGCAUGACUGUAAAUAAUGCUGUCAGGUCACAUCCUGGUUCAUCGUGUCCCUCUGACCUCGUUUGGUCAUAAACUGCACGACCUGUGUGUGUCUGUGGUGCCGCCCCCCCUCUCCCUCAUGUAUUGUGUAGCACCGUUGAGGUACACAUCUUUUACAUACAUUUGGUACGAAAUGUCCCGAUUUCAAGAGCUGUUAGCGUAUCCCAUUCAUAUUGACGUGGCAUCUUAUACAUUCAAACGCGUACCAGUGUACAUUGUAAAUGUUUUAAAUAUUGUAAAUCUACAGACAUAUUUUCUAUACGUAUGCUACAUUGCCAUAUUUUUAUUGGCCGACCAGUUGAAAUUAAGGAGAGUUGAAGUUUGACUGCAGUUAACAGGGCACAGCCGAAAGCUUUAUUGUUGGAGUUUUUUUCUACGUUGUCACCACUGUGACAGCUGCUGAGGGGCUUUUAGCAUUUAAAUAAGAGGAAUCAUAUCGCCACAAAAUAUCUUACCUACCCUCAGUUCAAGCUCAGUAAUUGUUACAUUCCCUCCAUCCAAAAAAUAUUUGACAGGUCAUCUUGGCGUUUUCAUGAAGUCAACUUUAUUGUAAUACUGGAGUGUCCAAUCACAUCAAACUUGCUAAACAAAAUCUUCAUAUUAUGAUCAACUCUCAACUGUGUUUUGAGAAUUUUGAGGGAUCUCAAUCAGUCUCAUGUACUGUACAGUGGUUCAGGCGUGGGAAUAAUAUCACCAGGUACUGCCUCAUCACGUCAGCUGUCUGUCCACAUAUUUGUCUCUCCUCUGGUGGAUGACCAACUGUUUGUUUACAUGUAAAAUGCUAGCUGUAAAUAUCACUGUAUGUAUGCGCCUGUCCUUACUCCUGUCUUUGCAUAAAUAUGCGCACUCCUCAGAAAUAAUCUCUUCCAUUGUCAAAUUCCUCUCUUGCACCUUCUAACAUAAAAUUUCUGUCUCUUGUCCACACAUCUUUUUUUAUUUCCUGCUGCUGUUUUCACAAGCUGCAUGACGUACUAGUUAGGUCUGUCCCGGCUUCUGAAUCUAUCUGAUUUUCUCUCCAAAUUCUGUCAUUUUAAAUAAGAAAAACAAAGAGUGAAAGACAAAAAAAAGUCAACAGAGAAAGCCAGGCUAAAAUAUAAAGGACAAAAAAACACAGCAUCUGUUUUUUUAUAUAUAACCACUGAAAUCUUUUUGUAUAGAUUUAAGUACUUUUAUUUGCACUAUAUUACCAAAUGGCUGGUUGAGGCCACAUUUGUUAAUUUCCUCUCUUGGGCUAACCUGUGAUAAGGAAAUAAAUUAUGUUGGUUCAGGUUGAUUAUAUGAAUGCAAGACACUGAUAGAGCCUUUCAACUUUAAAAAUGGGACCUGGGAAACUCAUCCUCUUGAUAGUAAACUGGACCUGCGUGAGGAUUAGUGACGUUUCUGAUUAUUUAGAUGCAUUUUAUGUGCACAGUGUCACUUUUAAACAGUUUUCGGCAGGAGUCUGUUUGAUCCCUUUGUGAUCUUAUUGUAAGUAAAGUCAUACAUCUGUAGACAUAAUGGCUAUAUUUUCAUUUUCAAGCCUUCAAAAUGUCAUAAAGUACCAUUAUGUCCACUUUGAAAGUUUUCUGGUGUUUGCUACCAGGAGGAUGUGCUGACCCAGCUCUGCCUGCUGCCUACAGACUGGUCCUUUGUGAAUGAUGUUCUGUGUUGUUUCUGACUGCUUGGUUUCGUAUGUGAUGCCCACAGAGGCUGCAGCCACUGCAGGUCUUUCUGAUAAUAGACUUAAACACUUAAACUGGCCUGUCUCACCUCUCAACCUCCUCCAUCAUACUCUUUUGGCUCAGGGCCGCAAUUUUCUGGUGCUUUUCUACACAAUUCAGUUAAUUCAGCAGCUUGAUAGCAAAGCAGCAUUCAACAGUAACAGUGAGACUCACAGAGCAUGUAAUCUUCUGUCCAUGUAUAGGCUGAAAACACAAAAUCUGCUUCUGCAAAACAAGUCCCCUCCUGGUUGAUGUGUUUGUCCGUGGGCAUGCACUAGACAUGAGUGGCUUUGCCGCUGUUUCCUGUGUGAGCCGUGUUGAGCAUGUUGGGUGUGUCUGUGAGGGCGUGUUGAUGAUCAGCGAGAAUGUUGCCGCAGCACUUCUUUGCAAAGGAUCGUUACCUCUGAACAAUGCUGUGCCUUUGUUGUAAGCUAGCCUUGCCAACGACUCGAAAACGUGAACUGAUCUCCUUUUUUUAUGUAUCAUAAGUGCAAGCCUGAUUCAAGUGGAUUGAAAAUCAUUGCUGAUACUAUGUUGUAUGAGAAUCCAUCUUGUUCUGUAUUAUAUUUAUAUUUUCCAGAUCUGCCAUUGUCAGUUUUUAUAUUUUAAUAUUUCUUUUUUUUUUGUUGUCUUAUUUAAUUUUUUACACAAGCUGUGAAAACAAUUCUGCACUUUAAUCCUGAACAUGAACAUUUAGACUCUGAGGAGGCGACUGUUUUUCCCCCCUUUUGUCACAGCUAAAAAUAAAAUUUGCUUCUAAAACAAA